GAAGCACUGACGGCCCCCGAGACCCAGAGACUCCCGCCUCCAGCCUCCUCUAGGCCGCCGGCCGCGAAGCGCUGAGUCACUGUAAGGCGACUGGACCUGCACUCUCUUAACCUGCCCUCCCUGCAGUCGCUCCCGGAGACUCUCAGCGUCCCAGCCGCCGCUAAGGCUCCGGGUGCCGCUACUGCUGCCCCUCCAUCCUCUACAGCUCAGCAUCAGCAUAUUCUCUUCUUGGACCCUGAUAUGGGUUCUUCCAAGAAAGUUACUCUCUCAGUGCUCAGCCGGGAGCAGUCGGAAGGGGUCGGAGCGAGGGUCCGCAGAAGCAUUGGCCGACCGGAGUUAAAAAAUCUGGAUCCAUUUUUACUGUUUGAUGAAUUUAAAGGAGGUAGACCAGGAGGAUUUCCUGAUCAUCCUCAUCGAGGUUUUGAAACAGUAUCCUACCUUCUGGAAGGGGGCAGCAUGGCCCAUGAAGACUUCUGUGGACACACUGGUAAACUGAACCCAGGAGAUUUGCAGUGGAUGACCGCAGGCCGGGGCAUUCUGCACGCCGAGAUGCCUUGCUCAGAGGAGCCAGCCCAUGGCCUACAACUGUGGGUUAAUUUGAGGAGCUCGGAGAAAAUGGUGGAGCCUCAGUACCAGGAACUGAAAAGUGAACAAAUCCCUAAACCCAGUAAGGAUGGCGUGACAGUUGCUGUCAUUUCUGGAGAAGCUCUGGGAAUAAAGUCCAAGAUUUACACUCGCACACCAACCUUAUAUUUGGACUUCAAAUUGGACCCAGGAGCAAAACAUUCCCAGCCUAUUCCUAAAGGGCCCGAUGAUGCACAAGAAAAAAUAGAACCUCAUCACACAGCAGUGCUUGGGGAAGGUGACAGUGUCCAGGUGGAGAACAAGGAUCCCAAGAGAAGUCACUUUGUCUUAAUUGCUGGAGAGCCAUUAAGAGAACCAGUUGUCCAGCAUGGUCCAUUUGUGAUGAACACCAGUGAAGAGAUUUCUCAGGCCAUUCUUGAUUUCAGAAAUGCAAAAAAUGGGUUUGAAAGGGCCAAAACAUGGAAAUCAAAGAUUGGAAACUAGUGGAGAGCAGAAGAAUAGGUCUCGAUGUGUCCUAGAAUUUUGCCAUUUGUGGCAUCGAGCCAUUUGAGGCAUUCCAUUUCUAAAGCUGAUUUAGCCAAUGCUUCUAAAGAAUUCCACACUAGAGUGAUAAUGUGGUUGCUGUAACAAUAAAUGUAGGAUAUUUCCUGGCACAUGCAAAUAAACCUAAUUAUUGUUUCUUUAAAAA